AUGAGCUCGUACGAGCCCGUGGCGCACGGGCGCGCAACUGGCUGCGGAAAUCAAAGGGUUGCAACCCUUGGUGACCAUAAGAGUUUGAAGUCUGACAUUUUUCCUAUGAUUUCACAUUCAUCUUCGGCUGAAAUACCAAAAUCCAUUCCAACCGUAGACCGCAAGACCAAACAAGACCAGAAGAAGCGAUGGGAAAACUACCAAUCGAACCUAAAUCUAACAAAGAAGAACCGAGAGAGCAGAAUUGAAGAUACAUUAAAAUCCACCUUCGUGGAACCUAAAACCCUCGAAAUAGAGAAGACGUGCCCUCUCAAAGGGAUGAUUGUUGGAUUAUUCUUGACUAGGUAUGGACUUGGAUUAUGA